AUGCUAUCUCAUGCCGACCUCCUGGAUGCUCGCCUCGGGAUGAAGGAUGCCGCGGCGGAGCUCCUGGGCCACAGGGAGGCUUUGAAGUGCAGGCUUGGCGGAGGGGGACCCGACCCGGGACACUCCGGGGAGCUCGGCCCGGGUCCGGACGGCGUGGAGGGGGCCACGAUGCUCCCGGGUGAUGAUAUCAACAACGGUGGAGGAUCCAACCAAGUGCAGGUCAACAGUAAAGAGCAGGAGAAACAGCAGCAACAGCAGCAGCAGAAUAAUAACCCCAACCAGUCUGGAGGGCAGCAGUCCCAGAAACAGAAGCGGCACCGGACCCGGUUCACCCCGGCCCAGCUGAACGAGCUGGAGAGGAGCUUCGCCAAAACGCAUUACCCAGAUAUCUUCAUGAGAGAGGAGCUGGCUCUAAGGAUCGGUCUGACGGAGUCUAGAGUGCAGGUCUGGUUUCAGAACCGACGCGCCAAAUGGAAGAAGCGCAAGAAGACCACCAAUGUUUUCCGGGCUCCGGGGACUCUUCUGCCGACCCACCACGGCCUCCCUCAGUUCCCCUCCGCCGCGGCGGCAGCAGCAGCCAUGGGCGACAGUCUUUGCUCAUUCCACGCCAACGACACCCGCUGGGCAACGGCGGGGAUGCCCGGUGUAUCUCAGCUCCAGCUGCCGCCCGCUCUGGGCCGCCAGCAGGCCAUGGCGCAGUCUCUGUCUCAGUGCAGCCUCGGCGCCGGCCCGCCUCCCAACUCCAUGGGUCUAUCCAACAUGUCCUCAAACGGAUCCGGGCUUCAGUCACACCUCUAUCAGCCCACUUUCCCCGGGAUGGUACCCGCCUCCUUGUCCGGCCCUACCAACGUGACCGGCUCGCCUCAGCUGUGUAGUUCCCCGGACAGUGAUGUCUGGAGAGGGACCAGCAUCGCCUCACUGCGUCGCAAAGCGCUGGAGCACACAGUAUCCAUGAGUUUCACCUAG